CAUGUUGACCUCCGCCACGUCGGCCAAGAGUCAUGGCACGUAAGAUAACAUUUUCUUCUAGUUUUCCACGUAGGAUAUAUAUAGCUGGCUGAAGCGAAUACUAGACGCAACCACAUAGAUCGUCAGUUCAUCGCACCACCUACCACCUUCCUGCUCCCACCCUCCUCCGCUCCGAUCUCCAUGGAAGCCACCGCCGCCUGCUCCUUGGCCUCCCUCGCGCGGACCCUCGCCUCCUCGCCGCUCCCCGGCCGCCGCAGCCGAGUGCGCAUGCCGGAGCGGCGGGGGAGGGGGAGGGCGGUGGUGGCCGCGGCGGCCUCCACGGGCAACUACGUGGUGCCGCUGGACGCCGCGCCGUCGGGGAUCACGCGCCCGCUCGUCGAGAUCCUCCGCGACCUCAACAAGCGCGUCCCGGAGACCAUCGUCCUCCCCGCCUCCCGCCGCGCCUCCGCUUCCGACCCCGUCAUCCCAUGGUACCACGCCAACCGGAUGCUCAGCUUCUACGCCCCCGGCUGGUGUGGAGAGGUCCGUGAUGUUAUUUACAAUGACAAUGGAAAGGUGACCGUGGUGUAUCGUGUCACGAUACGAGGAAUAGAUGGAGAGGUUCAUCGGGAGGCCGCUGGAACAGCAUCACUGAGCGACGCACGUCUGGACGACCCCGUGGCGGCUGCAGAAGAGGCGGCGUUCUGCAAGGCCUGCGCAAGGUUCGGUUUCGGCCUGUACCUGUACCACGAAGACGAGGUGCUGUGAAGGACGUCAUCUCUUCUCUCACCCUAUCCAGGUUCAGAAUGUCAGACGCCAAGCUUGCCAGAGCGUAUAUGUACAACUCCCAAGAUAUCGUCCCACAUGUACCAUUCACGAUGAACUGUAAAUAUAUGAGGCAUAUCUUGUUACCUUGUGUUUGUUGGCAUAUCAGCUGUUGUAAUCUCUGUGCGAUUAGAGUGUCACUCGUUUUUCUGAACAAUACCCCUGUGAUAAUUCCAGUUACAUUUGGUACAAAUACAUCACGCCACAGCUGUCAGGGUUUGGAAAUUGGUAGUUUGAUCAGAACA